AUGGGCUGUAGGAAAGGUCUUGGGAUACAGAAUCUAGGGAGUGGGGCAGUUUCACUAGCAGGAAGGUUCCAGAAGUGGCUGCAGGCCAAACGACUCACACCUGACCUGGUGCAGGGCCUGCCCAGUCCCUUCCUGCGCUGCCCUUCACAAAGACUCUUGGAUCGUGUGGUUCGACGCUAUGCUGAAGUGGCUGACGCUGGCAGCAUCUUCAUGGACCACUUCACCGACCGUGACAAGCUGCGACUCCUCUACACACUGUCUGUCAAUGCACACCCCAUCAUUCUUCAGAUCUUCCCCGGGGCAGAGGGCUGGCCACUGCCCAAGUACCUGGGCUCCUGUGGUAGAUUCCUGAUCAGUACGAGCACCAGACCACUGCAAGAAUUUUACGAUGCACCUCCAGAGCAAGCUGCUGACCUUGCCUACCAACUCCUUGGGGUCCUGGAGUCCCUGAGGAGCAAUGAUUUGAACUAUUUCUUCUACUUCACCCAUGUUGAUGCAGACAUGUUUGGCAUCUUUGACAAUGGGCAUCUGUUCAUCCGCGAUGCCAGUGCACUAGGCAUCAUCGACAAGCAGGAAGGCAGUCAAGCAGCUGCCAAGACUGGAGAGAAGGAAGACAUUUUUAGCUGCCUGGUUUCUGGCUGCCAGGUCCAGCUGUCCUCCUGUGACACUGUCUCUGAGAAGCAAAGCCUGGUGCUGGUGUGUCAACAGUUGCUGCCUCAACUUCUCAGGGGAAAGUUUCCCUCCCCUGUGCAAGAGGAAAUAGAGUCUGCUCUCAGCCUGUGUGGCAAAGUUGCCAGCACAGACGUGGAAGUGUUGGGGGCCACCAGCCAGCUGAAGGACAUCUUGAGACCACUGAGAACCUGCGAUCCUAGAUUUGCCUACCGCUACCCAGACUGCAAGUAUAAUGACAGGCUCUGAGCGGCUGGGGCCUAACUAGCCCGGGGAGACAAUCCCCAAGCUCUUUCAUGUCCCUGCUUGAAUUGAUGCCAAAUUGGAAGAAGCAAUUUUAAACAUUUUAAACAUUGAAGUAUAUUCCUUUCCUAAGAAACACUCGAAACUAGUGAAAAAAAACCUCUGACACUGCAUAAUUGACACCACUGGCUAGGACACCAUGGCAGAGUCAGGAGGUGAGCACGGGAAGACCCAGGUGUGAAUGUGCCAUGUCUUUGAACCUCCACUUUCUCUGUACUCUACCAGGCUUUCACAAGUUAAAGAAAACAGAUGCAAGGGGCCCAAAAAUAUAGUUGUGACCUACAAAACAUGUGUUCCAGAAGCACAUGUCAGGAGGCUGGUGUAGGUAGAAGGCAGGGUGAAGGCAGGACUUUAGGCCACUGGAACUUAAGCCCUCAUUCCUACUCUCUUGCAUCUGUGAGAAGGGAUGUGCCCACGCACCACCAGCUACUGAACCCUCUGAGUACCUGGGACUCCUUAUGCAUGUGCAGAAGUCACCUCAGGAAGUGGGAAGGAGCCAAGGAUAAGAAGAGAAGGGGGACAGCUGAGGUCAAUGUGUUUGCUCAGGUCCUCUAAAAGGCAAGUGUCAAAACACGAUUACAUGAGUUUUCUUAGAGCAUAUGCUUAUGGGGGAGGCAAGACAGAGGGAAACAGGCAAAGACUGACCCCCAGCGAAAGGUAGGCAAUGCAAGAAAGAUUGUCCGGGUGUCUACAAGACCAUACACCAAAGGAGCUCCAUAGCUCCCAUGAAUAGAUCCCUUUUAUUAUCCCUCAGGCUAUGGCAAGUGUGACUUGCCCUGAGCUGCAAAGACAGAUUUCAGAGCACAGCAGCCUGGGUCGUUGUAGCUACAGCCUGGGACCAGGGCCUGCUGUCUUCCAUACCACGUGCUUCAGUGAAAGACUCUAAGGAGUCCUAGAAUUUUCAUCCCAAUAUGGCCUUACAAGUUAUUCUAAAUAAAAAAACACAUUUUUUCAAGGUCAACCAGUGGAAUACAUUUUCCUCAACAGUGACUUUACUGUACCUUUAAAAUAUUUAAAUACAUGGCUUAUGGGGUUCUGUACAUGCCUCCUUAACAAUCAUAAUGGGCUCUUAGACCUUUGCCUAGUCUCCCUACUAGGCCUGUACUCCUGGGGACUGUUCAGUCUACCUCCUUUCUUCUACCUCUAAAUCAUAACCUUGGAGGUCAGGAUACCCAGCUAACAAGCCUCACUGCACACAUCAGGAAACAGAGGCCCAGGGAGGAAGUGAUUUGCUGAGAUAAUGCUGAAACCCUCCCUACCAGUUCAUUCCCCUGUUGCCUUUCCCAUCAUUCUCAGACUCCCAUCUUGGACUAUCAAUUCUAAUUUUAUUCACAUUUAAACACUAUCUUAUGGUAUAGUGGGUGACCUUUUGAUUUUGCCCUUUGACUGCUCCAGACACUGUCCCCUGGCAACCACAACAGUGAGGAUGACAGGCCAAGCUGGUGCAAGAACUGGCUUGUCAUGCCUGAGAAUCUUUAAAACUGAUAUCCUCUGGCUGGCUGUUGAGAAGGAAGUCUGAUCACAUCUCCUACCUGCCGUAUCAUGAUCUGCUCUCCCUACUGACUUGCUUGCAGUAUGUGUUCCUAGCCAGUCUCCUGACCAGAACCUAGGAAAGGGGCUACAGCCUUAGACUCUCCAAAGACACACAUGAACAUAAGACUAUCCCCAGGACUCUCCAGCACACAUGCCAGACCCAGCCUCUCUCAACAGAACCAUUGUUUUUCCACUGAAGACUGUGAAUGACUUUGAGUGAAGCCCCAGGGGAGUUGAAAGAUGGGGUUUACUGUAACCCUCCUCUUACCCCUCUACCCCAUAUCUGUGGGGACGGCAAGAAGGAGGGGACAAAUGAAGACCUCUCCUCUGGACCAGUGACCUGGGACUCUGAAGAGUGGAUCUGCUGAGUCUCAGAAGGAAACAGAGCCCUAGACACCUCCUGAAUCAGGACAAAGACAUUUUAUGUCUUCCUUGAUCAAGUCCCCAGAGAGAGAGCAAAGAACAAAACUCCCUGAGUACCCCCAGGAGGAUAGUGGGAUAUUUGUUUUUUGUGCGAGCUAAAGCAAGCUCUAUGUGUUUGUGUAGCUGUGUGCACAUCCGCAGUGCAGGCCAAAGGAGGAAAAUGAACUGUUAGGCAAAGCCUAAUACUUUGGAGUGGCCUGGAAAUGGGCUCCCCAGCUAGUGGCUUUUUGCAAGAUCAGGAGGUUGAGAAGUCCCUUUUCUCAUACAUUUUGAGGACAAAGCACACUUGCUCUUGUCAUCAUGACUGAAGAUCAAAGACCCCUCCUAGGUGCUCUCUCCACUCCCUGCCAUCUGUUUAUUCUCAGCUGCUCCCUAUCUGUGAUAGACAGAACAGAGAUGCCAGGCCUCCCUUACAAGGAACAUCUCUCUCUCCAGCUCAGGAGUGCAGUUAGCAGGCAGCACUGACUGCCAGCCCUUUAAGUUCUGCCUUGGUCAUUCUGUGGCAUCACUCCAGGCCACACCCAUCCUGAGGCAUAUCCAUACCUAGUCACUGGGCUUGGUGAGAUGUGAUGUCUCAGUCAAUUUGGCCCACUUAGCUACAACUCUGAUGAGUAAUUUUUAUUCUAAAACUCUGAGUGCAUCAGACCAAGACUCCAGGCCUGCAUCAUAGUCUAACUUCCACCACCCCACCUUUUCCUCUCAAUUCUUUUCACAUGUGUUGGCUAAACAGCUUGUGCCCAUUAGUGUCCUAAAUGGUAGCUCCAGAAAAGUAUGUCCACAUUUUAAUCCCCAGAAACUGUGACAAAUACCUUAUAUGGGGAAAGAUAUGGUUAAGCAUCCUGGGACUUUCCAGGAUUAUCUAAGUAGGUCCUAAAUGGCAGCCAAUGUGUCCUCAUAUGAGGGAUGGGGGGCUUUUCAGAGAGAAGAAGCAGUGAUGUGAAGACAGAGGUUAAGAUU